AUGGGCGGCCGAGGCAAAGGUCGCUGGGGAGGAUGGCAGAACGGAGCAGCAGAAGGAUGGGACUGGCAGCAAUCAGCUGCAUCGUCCUCAGCGCGUGGACACAAGGGCUCUGGCAAGUGGGACCCGCCAACAGGCCGGAGAACGUGGAAUGCCCCAGCGGAAGGCCACAACCAGUUUCCGGGGUUCGAGGAGAUGAAGCCCAAGCCCCGCCAAGAGCAGGCCCGCCGGACGGCGGACAUCAUGGAAGUGGAUGCCGGCGCGCCCAUGGUCGGCGACUACAUGAAGAGCGUCCAGAGGAGCCUGAACAACUUCAGGAAGGCGGAAGGCCGAGCCCGCAAGAUCGAGGAGAUGAAGACCGAGACCGACGCGAAAUGGGACGAGUUCAAGAAGUCCCUCCAAGAGAGUUUCCUCAAGGAACGCCAGAAAUACCAAGACAAGGCGACCAAGUUCGCGGCGGACAUGGAGGAGAUGCAAGCACUACGGAACGAGGCCAUCCAAGAGCUGCGGGACUCCAUCUCCAACCCGGGCCGCCUGCGCAAGACCAAGCUGCUGACUGGGCCGCCCACGGACAGAAGCGAUGGCCUCACCAACCUGCUGGCCGAAGCCCUCAGCAACGACAUGGGUGGCAAUGCGGGCAGAGCCCGGCUCCUAGAAGUCCUAGACGAGCAUCGGCGACGUGGUGCACCAGCAACUCCCCCGCGAAGACGCCGAACCUACACAGACACCACACCGCCCGGCGACAAGUCUGCCGACAAGAGCAAGAAGGAGGAGCAGCGCGAAGGCGAGGACAUGAUCACCGAUGCCACCGGCGAAAGCGGCCUCCCCAAGGACCCGUACAUGAACUCCCCGUCAACGGCAAGUGCCUUGCCGACUACCGCCCGAAGCGCCUCCAGAUCAAGGAACCGGUGCGGGCAUGCACCAAUUAAGAAGCUCGAAGAGAAGCGUUUGGAGGCAACCAAGGAGACGGAGGAGGUCGACGACUCCGACGAAGAGUCCCGCAUCGCCAACCUACGGCCCCCCAACGGGGUGAUGGCGGACGCGGAGAUUGCGGAUGGCGACGCUGCCUGCGACCUCUACGGGAUCUUGCUUGUCACCCUGGACGGGCCCCACAGCAAUUUUGCGACGGUGCCGCAAGCUCAUACGGAGUUAUGCAGAGGCCGGACCGGGGACCCUGCAACAUGUGGGGCUUGGCAAGACAGGGCUAUUCAAGCCCCCAAGCGAGCCGCUGAAGCCCAUGCGCCACUGACUGGGUGGCACGGUCCCUCGGGAGACCACGUCCGACCCAGCGGUGUGGUUCCUCAACGGCGCACUGUCUUCUACGACAUCCUCGAUGUAGUCAAGGAGGGGACGGAAGCUCUGGAGGAGGCCUUCCUCGGUGCAGAGGCUGCUCUCCGUCUGACGGCUCAGGGGGCCAUGCGCACGCUGCUAGCUAUCCACCUGGGGACACUGCUGAUCAUGCUUCUUGCAGCAGCAAGGGGGCGCAAUCGUGCCCUCAGAGGCCCCCUCGGGAAGCUGUGCCUGGCAGUCUUUGUGGCCCAAGAGGCCGCAGCGAUGCGAACCAACAACAGGCGCUGGACGACAACGGUCCCGAGGCCCACGGACAUCGAACUUUGGAGCUGUGGGCUUUUGACUACACGUGAACAGGAGGCCAAGGCUUGGGACGAGGUUGUAUGGUCAAGGCCGCUCACGAGAUCAAUAGGAGAGGCCCCUCCGCUGAACCUCCAUGCCCCGCUGACCGCGAACCAGGCCCAAAUGGAGGACGACGUGCCAAUAAGGGUCAUUGAUGGGCGCUUCGAUGUCCACGUGACCCACUGGAUAACCACGCCCUUCUACCAGGCGGAGGUCAUUGACAUCGAGAUGGAGUUCCCCUUGGACAUGCUCAGCAUUCGCCAAGCACUGCGGGAAUCUGUUUCCGUCAUACCGGCCUGGGCGGACGAGAUAGUGGACACCAAGCCCCAGCUGGGAAGGGAUCAUUCGAGUUUCGUUGCAUUCCCCAGCUGGCUCGCGCAAGUGGGCCAAACAGCCAUGGUGAUAGAUGCCAGGGGGAUUGACGGCCCUGUUUUCUCUUUCUAUCACGAGGGCCCGAUCAACAAAGAAGCGGUGCUGAAGCACAUUGAAGACUUCGACACAGAAGAGCUGGAAAUCUAUCCUUUCGGAAGCCAGCUCCCUCUCCUUCCUGGACAUCCUGUCCCUGCUGUACCGGGCGGAGUCCUCAAAGCGCUCCCUCGCGGUCAAGUUUGUGAAUGGCACGACGAGCUGGCUGACCGCCUCGGAAAUGAUGAGCGCUGGGACCCGGAAUGUGUCCCACCAGAGCCCAUAGAAGGCGACUUCACCGUCUACCAAUCUACGGAAGACCAACUUGUUCAUGAGGACGACCCGGAACAAACCGCAACCCCGACGGAUGUGGCUGCUGAACUCUUCCCCGGCAUGCGCUAUGUCAAGUUCCCCGUUGAAGAGAUCUUCAAACUAGCACAUGCUGGCAGGCACAUUGACCACACCGUUGCGGUGGUGGACAAGGAUUGGCCGGAUGACGCCCCUUUCGCCUUCCUGGACCUACGUGGCCUGGGGUGCUUCUCCCAGUGGGUCCGUGUGCCGGGAGACUAUUUCGACCCCGUCGCCUACUACGAGGACCUCCAGCUCCCAGAGGUUGCGGGGUGGACUUUGGAAAUCCGCGGAGGGGAGCCGGUCGCGGAGAACCUCCUGCAUAUAAGGGACGGAGAACUCAUUGAGUUCCACAUGGCCCCUUCCUCAUCUACUUCCGAGGACGAGGCUACGGACCGAGACGGCGACACAAGUGACUGUACGGGGCAAUCUGACAGCGAUAUGCAGUCAAGCUCCUCCACUGAUAGGAGGCCAGGCACCGCCUCGCCUCGUCGCGGACCACCGCGACCGACACCGGUCAACCGCAGCCGGUCCCCGCGACGUCCUGAAGGCCGAGAGGCGGCCGACAAGCCCACGAUCGAGCUAUUUGACAAGAUCCCCCCGGCCACUUUUGACCUCACCGCCAGCACGCUCCAAUUCCCGCAUGACUGGAACAGGAUGCGGGAGUUCUUCCGUCCGUGGAGCCCGACGUGGAUGCAGCCGAACCUGACCAACCUGGAGCUCCCGGACAAUCUCAAGGCGGCAGUCGAGGCCACAAGCCACUGGUCUGAACUUAUGCCACUUCUGGGCAAUGAGGACAACCCCUGGGACCUACAGGAAGCCCAAGGGACGCAUGCCCUCCGGGCGGAACAAAUAGCCCUGGCGGCAGCUCUGCUCUGGCUCCUGCAAUUCAGGAGUGUGCACCCGAUGAUGGAUUGCACCUUCCGCUUCGACUGUUUGGCUGCCGGCUAUGGGAUGAGCGGCCAAUGGGCUCCCCCGGAUCCAUAUGGCGAGCGUGUCCACGAGCUGGCUAUGCUGGCCUGCGAAGCCUCGGGUGCGCAUACAGUCAUGGAGCAUGUAAAAGCACACUGCGGCAACACCUGGAAUGAGGUCGCGGAUGCCAUUGCCCGUACGGCGUCCACAGGCACCCACGCUUUUGAUGGGCCGCCGCUUCCGGCUAUCCAAUGCUUCCAGCAGGAGAACCUGGCUUGGGUCACCACUGCCUUGCUGGCGAGACGUACCGGAACCCUGCCCAUUCACAAUGGUGCCCUGCAAUGGAGUGAGAGCCACCCCAAGGACUACAACCUGACCCAGCAGGAACUCAUCCCCACAGUGAAAGUGGGCCCGGCGGCACAUGGCAGCCAAGAGGCCCCUGCCCAGUUCGCCCUAUGUGCGGCCACAGUCAAUAUUCAAGGUUUGAGUGGCCAUCACCAUUAUGUUGAGGAACAGUGUGAUCAGCUUGGCCUCAACGUCGUCUUCAUGCAGGAGACCAAGGCAGCCGGUGGGACCUGCGCUACUCUGAUAAGCACUGGGGAGUUGCCAUCUGGCUGCACCGAGGCCGACGUUGCAGUGCGUCACCAGGAACCAAGGCUCCUCGUUAUCACUGUGGCGACGGGCAGCGGAAAGAUUGCAAUGGUCGCCGGACAUUGCCCGCACACAAGCCUACCCAGAGAGCGAGCCCACUUCCUCAAGACCCUCAGUGAACAACUGUGUGCCGUCAAGAAUGCGGCCCUGGUAGUCAUGGGGAUUGACCUCAAUGGUAGGAUACCUGCCAAUUAUGCAGGAGUGACAGGCUCGGUGGAGUGUGGGGAACCCGAUGAUGCAGGCUGGACCCUCGUCGACAGCCUCGCCAACAUCGGAGCGUGGAUCCCUUCCUCGUUUGACCGCGUCCACGACGGCGACAGCGAGACCUACCACCACCCAUCCGGUACGUGCCACCGCAUUGACUACAUUGUCCUGGGUGGCCGUGCCGUCCCGGGGCAUACCAGCAGCUGGAUCAAUCACCAGUUUGACAACGGCAGCCCCAAUGUGGACCACUACAUGCUCCAGGUCCAAUGCCAGGGCACCUUCGAGGACACUCGGGAGGGCCAAAGACUAUGGCGCCCCCGCUAUGAUCGGGAAAAGAUGGCCACCCCCGAAGGACGAUGCGCCCUACAUGCGGCCUUGUCGGAGUAUUAUGUCCACCCCACUUGGGAGAUGUCGGUGGACCAACAUUGUCAACGCCUCCAAAAUUUCUUGGCGGAGACGCUGGCGAACACCUUCCCUGCCAGCAGUGUGGAACGUCGGGCGAGCUACAUCCCGGACGAAGUCUGGCACCUGCGCCUGACCAAGAACAAGUUCAAAGCUCGAGUCCGACACCGACGACAACUGUGGAAUGAUGCAGUUUGCCGAGCCUUCCGUCAAUGGCAAAGGGACGAGGAUUACGACGUUGCCAUUGCCUACUUGGUUGAGAGAGAAGGCUUCCUCUACCACCUGGCGUCCGCCGCCAUCAAUGUGGCGACGCACCGCGUCAAGAAGAUCCUCAACGUGGCCAAGAAUGACGCCAUGCGUAAGAUCGCCACUGAAGGGCACCAGGGGGUGAUACAAAUCCUCCGGCGGGUCAAGAAGGCUGGUUUUGGGGGAAGGCGGACACAACCUACCCGCCGACCGCUCCCUGCCCUCAUGAACCCCACCACGGACCAGCCAGCGGUCAGCCGUCAAGAGCGGGACGACAUCUGGCUACGUUACUUUGGCGACCAGGAGAUGGGAGAGAGGAUGAAAGUGGACAAAUUCAUCACCGAGUUGGUGGGCUGCCAGAAGGACGACGAGUACACCUGGCAAUGCAGUGACCUCCCAAGCCUCUCCCUCAUCGAGGAGGUGCUCCGCCGCACACCGCGGGGCAAAGCAUGCGGACUGGAUGGCAUACCUAGCGACCUGCUGUCCAUCGCGCCCACUAUCCUCGCCACCAUGCUGCAGCCCCUUUAUCUAAAGUCCAUGCUCACCGGAGCCCAGCCGCUUCAAUGGAGGGGCGGAAUGCUGUGUGAGGCCUUCAAGAAUAAUGGCACCCAUACCAUUGUUGAGAACUACCGCAGCCUCUUCAUCUCCUCCUUCCUGGGGAAAUCUUACCACAAGACCCUUCGGACUUUGAUCGGGCCAGAGGUCGAGCAGCUACUGCACCCACUUCAUUGCAGCACUCGACAAGCAGCCCCUGUCGCUUUCCCCGGGAUCUUUGUGAUUGCGGCCCUCCGCAAGCUGGCGCGUGUCGGCCGAAGCUGUGCCACCCUCUUCGUCGACACCAAGGCAGCCUAUUAUAAGGUCGUCAGGGAUUUGGCAACAGGUUGCAUUGACAGCGACGCCCAGGUCAUAGCGCUGUUUCGAGCCUUUGGUUUGGACGAAGAAGACCUCCACGACAUGAUGACUACGAUCUCCCGAGGGGGCAUGCUUGCUGAAGCAGGGGUCAACAGCCAGCUUAGGCACGCGAUAAAGGAUCUGAACCUGAGGACCUGGUUUGUCACCUCAUACCAUGGCGGAGGAGACCUUUGCUGGUCCAAGGCAGGAUCCCGCCCGGGGGAAUCCUUCGCGGACGUCAUCUACGCUUUCAUUUACAGCCGCGUGCUGUACCGCGUGCAUGAGCACCUGGUUGCGGAGGAGCUCAACUUCGCGGUCGAAUGGGAAGAAGACACCGGAGUAUUCCCCACUGGGCAAGGCGGAUCUCUCGAGCAGGCCUGGGAUGCUACAUGGGCAGACGAUUCUGCCUAUGUGGUUGAAGAUCGGUGUCCUGAAAGGCUUGUUCGCAAAGCCCGUCGAGUGGGAGCACUUGUGCUCGGCAUCCUGACUUCCCACGGAAUGCAGCCCAACGUGAAGCCCGGAAAAACCAGCUACAUGAUACAGCUGCGCGGCCCCGGGUCCACUACGGCAAGGAAGCGACAUUUUCCGAAGGGCAAGGCGGCCCUUGCCAUCCCCGACCUGGCCCUGGAAAUCCCCACCGUGAGCCAGUACCGACACCUAGGAGGUAUCAUCGACCUCAAGCUGUCAUUCCGCCCUGAGGCGCGACACCGCCUGGCCAUAGCCUCGCAGGCCUAUGACACUGCGAAGAAGCUCCUGCUGAACAACAGGGAUCUGGAGCUACCAACCAGGGUGGCCCUGUUCGAAAUCGCGGUGACCACGACCUACUUCAACCUUGCCCUAUGGAGGCCCCAUGGCCCAACAUGGGAAAACCUCUGUUCGGGGCACGCCAGUCUCGCGCGAAGGCUUCUGACCCGGAACAUUGCGCAUGACCUCCUCUUUAAGAUCCCCCUGGCGAUGGUCCUUUGGGUCACCAAGUGCCUGCCGCUGGACUUGAUCGCCAGACGACAGCGGCUCAGCCUCCUUGUCUCCCUUGUGAAGGCCGCCCCGGGUCUUCUUUGGGGAGUUCUCCAAGAAGAACAGGAAUGGAUGGCCACGAUAAGGGAGGACCUUGCUUGGGUUGUCCGACGUCGGGAGGAGCAAUGGCCACCCCUGCGGCCACAGGCGUGGCCUGAAUGGUGGCGAAUCCUCCGCAGUUCACCGCAGAGGCUGAAGCGCGCUGUCAGGCGCAGACUGAGUGAGGAACAGGAGGAGAGAAUCCUCCCUGCAGCCAUCGACUUGUGUUUGUGGGCCAUGGCCAAGGCCCUACGAGCGGACACAAGGAACGGUGAACGGGUGGUGACAUGGCGAUGCCGAAAAUGCCAACUCGGCUUUGCAGCCAAGUCUGGCCUCAGCGUGCACCACUUCAAAACGCAUGGCAGGGUGGCCACCUACAGGAUCUACGCGCAGGGCACGAGAUGCGGUGCUUGUGGGACAGAAUGCUGGUCGGAGGGGAGGCUUGCCGCCCAUCUUCGAGCGGCCCCCCUUUGUGUCGGUGCUCUACAAGCGAUUGGGAGCAGAGCCCGCAACAUCGCACCGGGCUUUGGCAGCAGAGCACGACGAAAGGCCGAUGUAGACCAGUACACGCCUGCUGUACCGGAGCGAGACGGAGCACGGGAGCAUCCGGGUGCUGAUCCUACUUGGCACCCUACUGUCGUGGAGGCCUACCAAGAUCUCUGCGGUGCGAUCCAGGACGAGGCGGCGGAACCGUACGAAGAGACGACCGCCUGUGUCAUCAACAAGAUCCUUGCCAAGUACCCCCUCUACCAGCAGGAGGAAGACGAAAUCCUUGUCCGCAUUGAAGAGGACAUCGACGACUUGCACAAGGAUCAAGCUGAUGCUCUAUGGGCCCCGGAGCACGCGAGAGCCGUCCUCGACGGCAUCCACCGCAGCCGGGAUGAUAUCUGGAGGCCAGCCGAGAAGCAAGGGAGCACGCGGGUGGCCACACUCCAGGAGUUCAAGACCGAUCUCGAGGCUACUGAUUGGGGCUCCCUCCUAGGAGAUAGGCUUAGACACGGGACCCGGUCUGUUGUACAUGUAAAGGUGCCCGUGAGCUGGGAAGCCGAAUGGCUCACGGCACUCAAAGACAAAGACCUUUCGGCCGUGGCAAGCGACGCCCUGAGCCUUUUGCCCGUUUACCUCGCUACGGCGUGGCGGGCUACUUUUGAGGGACAUAGGCUUUGCCUUGAGGCACCGCAGUCCUUCAUAGCCAGCAAGAUGGCACUGCCAUUCGCACAGGCGCUGGCUUCGAAUGCACUUUAA